AUGCGGCUCAGGGUCAACCUCCAGCUCCCACAUCACAACGUGCGCGAGGGACCAGCGGGACCAGGUUGCCAGCAUUGCGGCAGCGUUGGAAAGAGGUUUGCCUUUGGCCCGGCAACUGCGCGGAGAGUCAAGGCGAAGCUUUGCUCCAGGCUGGACAGAACUCGCAGGCGCGCAGGCGCAGGCGAAGGCAGUAGCGGCCUGCGUGAAGUUACCGAUCGGCUGCUGGAAUGUCAGAGCUCGAGACAAUGGGAAGAAGGUUUCGGGGUGCUCCAAGACGCCAUUGCUUCCACAGUGAAAGUUGAUGUGAUCGCCAUGGGCAUCGCCAUGUCUAUGGCGCAGAAGUCACCAGAGGCAGCUGCUUGGGCCUCCGCCGUGGCCGUUGGAAAGGAGCAAUAA